UCACAAAAUGGACGUUGAGAAAGCGGUGGACAAGUUUGCCUCGUUCUAAAGCUGAGGUGGAUGAGCUGAGCUUUUCUUAGCUUGUUAGUCAUGUCACGUGAUUCACAGGCAGCUAAAGAAUCCAGGACCCAAAAAAACACCGGCAAUCCAAGAAGCGGAAUAAGACAAGGCGUGCCAAGCUUCAGCUUGAAUGAUAAAGCUGCACAUAAUGACCAAGAAGAAAUGGUACAAAUCCCCGAGAACAAAGUGGGACUUGUUAUAGGGAGAAAGGGGUGGAGAAGAAAUGAUAUAGUCGAACGAAGUGGAGUUCAAGCACUGGACAUCAUAGACCGCCAAGUUCGUAUAACAGGAACAAAAGAACAGCGUAUCAAAGCUAAAACGUUAAUUUACAGGAUCUUACGUGGAGAAGGCAGCCCUGAUCAAGUCUCUUGGAAAAAACUGGACUUUAUACCCGAGGAGUAUAUGGGUCAAGUCAUUGGAAAAAGGCGCGAACAUUUAGACAAAAUAGAACAAAAGACUGGGGCAACUUUGAAGGUCUGGGAAUGGAAUGACCUCUGUAUCAAGGGAUCUCCUGAGAGCCAAAAGAGAGCUAUUCGGAAAAUAAAGGAACAAGUGAACAAUUUGAUGAGACUCUCACAGGCUGGUCAACAACAUCAAGUGCGGCGUGUUCACGUGGACACAACCCAGUUAGACCUGAACCGCAAGUUUGAGCUCUCCGUCGUGCAACCUCCAAACAAUGACGAUAGCGCUGACGAAACUAAAUACUAUCAACUGAAACAACUAGACCAUUGCCCACAAGAUAUGAAGGUGAUUUUCCCGCGAAGGGUACUACCAGAAAAAAAAUUGGUGGAGGAUGAACAGGAUGGCUUCACUGACAUAGACAAAUUGAGAGCUGAACUCCUCAUGGUGUUAAAGAACAUUCACAAAGAAAAGGAAGAGGAGACGCUAAAAGUAGUUAUAUGGUGUCACCUCGGCCAUGCCUACAUAAAGGAAGUAGGCGAAGCCGAUGAAGAAGAGGACUAUUUCACUCUUGCCGAAAUCAAAGAAAAACUCGAGGAAGAAGGAAGCUGGAAGACCUCAAUCUUCGAAGGUGGCUUAGACGAUACAGAAAUUGAGCGAAUUGAGAAGCAUCUGGAAUCCCAUGCAGUUAAGGAAGACAUCAGAUAUGACUUUACCUUCCUCACUCCCUCUUGCAGAGAUGUUCGUGUUAAGGCAUGGCUUACUGAGAAGGAUGCUGCACAAGAAGACGACGAGACAACCUCCAUGGCGUUCUCUCGCAAUGCACCAAUUCGUGUCAAGAACAUCUUGACUCGCGCGUUGCCUGAUGGGCAGGGUGAUUCAUCAAACACGCCAUGUUUUUACAUGUGCUCUCAGUAUCAGCACAAAAUGAAAGUAGACAUCUUGAUGGCUUCCAAGAAAUUUGACUACCGUUUGUUAAUAAGAACAUGCAGAAGCUAUGUCGCAAAAACACCAGAAGCUGAAGAAGAAGACAAAAUUCUAGAAAGUUACCUGGUGGGAAUGAAGAUUGAAGAUGGUCAGCUGGUGUUGCCACCAGUCUCCGAGCGUCCAGACGGGUUUGACCUGUUUUACCAGCGCCGCAGUCUGAGGAAAACUUACCAGUGUGAAAUAGAUGGAGAACAGUUCAGCUUGAUUGUUUGUAAAGAUCAAGCAAAUACCGCGGAUCCCAUCGAGACUGAAGUGAAGGACUUUCAUACUGUAGCCACAAAGACUGACAUACAUCUUCAUUGUGAGGAAUGGGACCAAGCGCUUGCUGAAGGAAAUGACUGGGAACCAGAACAGAUAGUCGACAAACUACCUUCUUUUUUACAAUUUCUAAGAGAAGUUGAGAUAAACGUAACUGGUGGCCAGUGAAGGGGUUGUUUUAAUGCCGACUCAACUCUUUAUUACAAAACACUCAGAGUGACUUUAAUUUCUUCAGAGUCACCUUGGAAAAAAGUAAAGGAUUCUGGUUGUUGUAGUCAAAUGACGUCAUCAUGCAAAUUACCUACUGAGCCACUUGCUUUGUAAACUUCAAUAAAACACAACAAAACAAAGAGA